UCUAUCUCCUGCAAAUGAGCAAUGGGAUGAACCUCAUGGAUCCAGGGUUCCAGCAGAAACUGGAGGAUGAGAAGGAAGUAAUUCGUCGAGCUAUCCAAAAGGAACUGAAGAUCAAAGAGGGGGCAGAAAAUCUGCGCAAGGUGACAACAGACAAAAAGAAUCUAGUGCAUGUAGAGCAUGUGCUGAAAUCUUCCAAUCGGAAACUGGAGCAGCUGCACUGGGAUCUCCAGGAGCUUAAUGCCCGGAUUGUAGUAACAGAGAAAGGGGAGAGCAAAACAGAUGGUUCCAUGUCCCCGGACCCUUGUCUCUGGGAAAGGAACCCAAACCCAGUGGCAAGGAGGAUAGAGGCUCUGAAAAAGCAGCUGCACAUUGAGAUGAAAGUGAAACAGGGAGCUGAGAACAUGAUCCAGAUGUAUUCAAAUGCAACGUCAAAGGACCGGAAGCUGCUGGCAACAGCUCAGCAAAUGCUCCAGGACAGCAAGACGAAGAUUGAGCUGAUUCGGAUGCAGAUUGUGAAAGUAUCUCAGUUGGCAGGUGGAAUAGAGGAUGCAAUGGAUCCAGCAGUGAAGAUGGGGGCCACCAUCAGUCUCCUGGAGCUACGCAUCGAGGAACUGCGACAUCACCUAUGCAUUGAAGCUGCCGUGGCUGAGGGGGCAAAAAAUGUGGUGAAGAUCCUGGGAGGCAGGCGGGUGCAGGAUCGCAAAGUGUUGGCUGAAGCUCAGGGUCGUUUGCAAGAAUCAUCUCAGAAGAUUGAUUUGCUGCGCUUGUCCCUGGAGCAGCAGCUUAACGAGCUUUCUUCUGAUCACCCAAAGCGGGCACUCAUCAAGCAGGAGCUAGUGAAUGCUUCCUCUCUGGGAGCUCAGCAUGUCAGCGUCCAGCCCUUCACUUCACUGAUCAAACCCACAGCUCUUACAGGUUCAUUAGAAGUGAGACUGAUGGGGUGUCAGGAUCUGCUGGAAAAAGUUCCAGGACGUUCCCGAGUGUUUGGUUCAUCUCCCAAUCAUGGGAGCCCAAGUGACAUGAAAUCCCUGACCCGAGCACGAGCUGGGAUGAGUAUUCAUGGCCGUAGUACUGCAGCAAAGCACUUGCGGAAUGAGGAGCUGUGUAAUGAGGUGCUCGCUGUGCUCAAAGUGGACAAUAAAGUGGUUGGUCAGACAAACUGGGGCCCAGUUAAUAACCAGGCUUGGGAUCAAAGCUUUGUCAUUGAGCUGGAUCGGUCCCGGGAGCUGGAGAUUGCAGUUUAUUGGCGUGACUGGAGAGAGCUGUGUGCAGUGAAGUUCUUGCGCUUGGAUGACUUUCUUGAUAAUGAACGCCAUGGGAUGUGCCUCUCUCUUGAACCCCAAGGGAUGCUUUUUGCAGAGGUGACCUUCUGUAACCCUGUGAUUGAGAGACGGUCUAAUCUGCAGCGCCAGAAACGUAUUUUCCCCAAACAGAAAGGAAAGGAGUUUCUCCGAGCUUCUCAGAUGAACAUAAACAUUGCUACCUGGGGUCGUCUAAUGAUGAGCAUCCUCCCUCCAUGUAGUUCUAUGAGCACGCUAAGCCCCCCACUUCGUACUCCCAUUCGUACAGACUUUACCUCUCCAUCACGGCUGCAAACUCAAACUGAUUCAAUGUCCAUGUUGGGCAGUGACUAUCCAGUGGUUAAACUGACAUUUGGCGAGGAACCUCCCCCUAAGCCUCCACGCCUUUUUUUGACAGCAGAUUCCAAAGAGGUUGCUCCAUCUCCUGCAGACUCUCCGUGUCUGAAGAGGCUACAUGUGGAAGAGAGGACUCGCAGCUCUGCUGUAACAGAAACACCAAAUUGGGCUUCUCAGAGGAAGAGGGCUGUUCAGCUUCAGGAUUUUCACUGCAUCGCCAUGCUGGGACGAGGGCACUUUGGGAAGGUGCUGCUAGGUCAAUACAAGGCAACAGGGAAGUUGUACGCUAUCAAAGCCCUAAAGAAACAAGACAUCAUUAGCAGAGAUGAGAUUGAUAGCUUGAACUGUGAGAAGCGAAUCUUUGAAGUGAUCAACUCCUUCAGCCACCCGUUCCUGGUGAAUAUGUUUGCAUGUUUCCAGACGCCAGAUCAUGCAUGUUUUGUGAUGGAAUACACCCCUGGUGGUGAUCUCAUGAUGCACAUUCACUCUGAUGUCUUUCCAGAACAUGUGACGCAGUUUUACACAGCCUGCGUAGUGCUUGGACUCCAGUUCUUACAUGAGAAGAAAAUUAUUUACAGGGACCUGAAGUUGGAUAACUUGCUCUUAGAUGCUGAGGGCUUUGUGAAGAUUGCAGAUUUUGGGCUGUGUAAGGAAGGGAUGGGUUUUGGGGACCGCACUAACACUUUUUGUGGCACCCCUGAAUUUCUGGCUCCGGAAGUCCUGACAGACACCUCAUACACGCGGGUAGUGGACUGGUGGGGGCUUGGUGUGCUCAUUUUCGAGAUGCUUGUUGGUGAGUCUCCAUUCCCUGGAGAUAAUGAAGAGGAGGUCUUUGACAGCAUUGUCAAUGAAGAGGUCCGCUAUCCGCGAUUCCUUUCUUCUGAGGCACUUCCCAUACUCCGCAAGCUUCUCCAGAAAUGUCCAGAACGUCGCCUUGGGGCAGGAGAGAGGGACGCAGAGGAGAUUAAAAACCAGCCCUUUUUCAAGGAGAUUGACUGGGAUGCCCUGUUUGCCAGAGCACUGAAGCCCCCUUUUGUGCCUUUCUUAAGAGCUCCCACUGACAUUAGCAACUUUGACGAAGAGUUUACCUCCCAGAAGCCAAUCCUGACUCCUCCAGAUGAGCUCCCUGUCCUGACCCCUGAGGAACAGGCUGCCUUUAAGGACUUUGACUUUGUCUCCAGACACCUUCUGGAAGUCUGAUUGCUGUGGUGUAAGGAGCCCAUGCAGACCACUACUACCCUGAGAUCCUAGAGAGGAACUCGCAACUGACUAUUGGAAGGUCAAAUUAAUAACAGGCAAAGAUCAUUCAUAGGUCUGGUAAUAUUAAGGAUUGUAGAAAGCAAACUGUUCUGCAAGCUGGUUGCUCUACUGCAUUGUUCAGUGUGUGCAAAUGCUAAUAGGAAGAGUACUCGAUAUGAGCUUGAAGGUUCUUGCUUGCUGGCUGUGUUUGAAACAGUACCUGGCUGUACGCUGAUGCCACCAUUGGAUAGCGGUGGACACUCACAAUUUAAACUGGAUUUCAUUUAACAAUGUAUCCAAAUGAAAUAGAGCCUUCACCCCCUUCCCAAACAAACUCCUCUACCUCUGCAGCAGGGCCUCGCAAGCUGCCUAGCUUUCUCAGCACUGGAUGAUCAGCAGCAGCAGAACUGGCACUUUCCACCUAUUUCUUCUUUGCAAAGGAUUUAGGCCCAGUUGUGUUCAUAGUUUGGGGGUGUGUGCAGUGGCUUAAUACAACCAGAAUGAUGAAGGUUGAGUUUGGAAACUGCCCAGAUGUUACAAGCUGAGAUCUUAGCCUUGCUUUGUAAAAAACUAGAUUAUUUCUACUCUCCUGCUAAAUCUUAAUUCCUGUCUUUAAUAAGAACUGAUUUAAAACCCUACAAACUUUGCACAUAUUGUUUAUUGUAAAUUAGAGACUCUCCCUUCUGAUUAAAACUUAUGCCUUUCAUCCCCCUGGCUUGUUAGAACAUAUCAGGAGCUGGGAGAACACAGAUCUUCUGCUUAACAGAGAGAGUGUUCUUUAUCUCUGUAAAUGUAAUGUUAAUACUAUUUCCCUUUCCUUCUUCCUUUCAUAAGAGUCUCUUGUCACUCCAGCUGCUCAGAUCUGUCCCCUCUGUAUGUGUUAUCUUUAUUGGGGCCAGGUAUGUCACUUUAAUGAUUGCACUCAGGCUAUUUCUCCAGUUUUUUUACCUUACUAUGUAUAUGCUGUAUUUUUCUCAGAUAAUAUAAAAUAUUGUGGAUGUUUAUAUCGGAAAAAUUAAUAAAUAUUGGUUGUGAAACAAC